CCCGGUUUGUUCAGUAGCUACUGAGGGGAAGAUGGUGGACUUGGCGACUACAGCAUGCUUAAAACUCCGUCCCAAACACUUUGACAAAUACUUUCCAUCUCAUCCUAGUAUUAGGUAUAGAUUACCAGGGGACAAUCAUAGAUAAUAGACUGUGAUAGCUGCUGAAGGGAGCCACUUUUCCGCCACCGGACAACUCUUUAUUCACAGACUGAAGAAAGCGAAAAGUUACGGAACCUGGUGGUGGUGGUGGUAGUUGGUGUUAGUGUUAGUGCCGGACGCUAGCCAGCGAUAACCAAAGCGAAAGAAGGCGGCUUUUUAAACACCGCGGACAGGCGUGUGCUGCUGUUGUUGAAGUUCUUGAGCCAGCCAACCUCAGCUAGCUUUGUUGUGAAGAGGAGGAUCAAAGCUGCUGCUCGAAAUGCCGCGUAGUAAGAUGGGGAAACGUGGUUCCGGUAAGCCGGGCUCUCUCCGUCACGAGGUUCUUCAGCUGCAGCUGUCAGCUAAGGCGUCACUCAAAGGUGCUAAAAAUGGAGUAAAGGGAGAGUCAGCUGCCAGCGACGAUGAGCUGACGUCGGACAUUCUCAGCCACUGCAGCAGUGCCAGCGAGAGCACCUCGGUGCUGGAAGAGGGCCCGGGGAGUGAGCAGGUGGAUGAGCAGACUGCCCAGGAAGAAACAGAGGACAAACUCAAACAGUGUAUCGACAACCUGACAGAUAAGAGUGCAAAGACUCGUCUGGCAGCCCUUGAGUCGCUGCGGCAGGCCUUCUCCUCGAGAGUACUUUACGACUUCCUGACAGAGAGGCGCUUCACUAUCAGCGACUGCCUGGAAAGGAGCCUUAGAAAAGGCAGUGGGGAGGAGAAGGCAGCGUCAGCCACAGUGUUUGCUCUGCUCUGCAUCCAGCUGGGGGGCGGAGACGAGGUGGAGGAGGGCUUCAAAAUGCUUCGCCCUCUCCUCACUGCCAUCUUGAUCGACAGCAGUGCCAGCAUAGCAGCUCGCCAGAGUUGUGCCAGGGCUCUGGGGAUGUGCUGCUAUGUCUCAUCUGCUGAAGACGGAGAGGAUUUGAUCAAGUCAUUGGCUCUUCUGGAGAGUGUGUUCAUGUCUACAUACCCUAACGGAGAGGGAGUUCUGCCCACACCGAAACCUGGAAGUCCAGCUCUCCACACUGCUGCCCUGCAGGCCUGGUCCCUGCUGGUCACCCUCUGUCCCACUUCUAGACUGACUGUGGUGCUCAACCAUCACCUCCCUAAACUGCAGGCGUGCCUUCAGAGCAGUGAUGUCAACUACAGGAUCGCAGUAGGAGAGACCAUCGCCCUGCUGGUGGAGCUAGGACGAGAAAUAGAUGAGGAGUUUGAGUUGGACGACAGUGAAGGUUUGUGUGAAUGCCUGAAGAGUUUAGCCACAGACGGCAACAAACACAGAGCCAAGAACGACAGGAGGAAGCAGCGCUCCAUCUUCAGAGAGGUGCUGCAUUACAUAGAGAACGAGGAUUUCACAGAAGAGAAAAUCAGGUUUGGAAUGGAGAACGUUUACAUUGACAGCUGGAUGAGGAGAAGAAUCUACGAUGCCUUCAAAGAGAUCCUGGAGUCUGGGGUCAGACACCAGCUACAGUUCAACCCACUACUCAGAGACAUCUUUGGCCUUGGCCCCCCACCCAUCCUGGACGCGACAGUCAAAGCCAACAAGAUCUCACGGUUUGAGAAGCAUCUUUUCAACUCAGCUGCCUUCAAAGCCAGAACUAAACAGAGGAACAAAGUCAGGGACAAACGUGCUGAUGUCAUGUGAGAGGACGACGACGUUGGAGAUGAUGAAGAAACGAGGAACCUCCUCUGGAUGUGACGAAUACAAAAUGAUGCCUUCAGCUCUUCACAAACACUCAGCAAACAGGGUUUUUCCACUUGUGCUCCUCACGUACAGCUUCAUUCUCCAAAUUCAAGAUGGUCAGCAUUUACUCUCACGUUGUAGCGGACACGUCCUAAAGUUCUUUCAAAGCAGGCGCCGGCUUUGCUGCCAUCGCAUUUGAUGCUUCACAGUGAACAUAAGCUGUGAAACUAAGUGAAACUUUCUUUAUGUGGGAUUAAAAUGAUUUAAUUCAGUACAAAUAUGGAGAAAAGGUAAAAUCUCCUUUGGAGAAUCAAACAUUUUGAAGCUGAUGGUCCAUUUUAGAUCUCUAGAACCAUAAGUAGAAACCUCCUUUGGUGCUGAUGGGUAUUUUUUGAUGCUCAGCUCAGUCUGCUGCCCUGUCAUGUGACAGGUCAGUCAGGUAUUUUGCUUUUUAAUUUCUGAUGCCUUUUCCCACAUGCAGGAGGUCCCAUUUAGUAUCUUAAUCUUUAUAUUCAAGAAUGGACUAACGUGAAAAGAGCCACGGUCAUACUCUGUCUACAUUUCAGCUGCCAAACCGGAAACAGACUAUACAAACAAUGCAACCUAAAGGAGCGUGUGUGGUGUUUGUGUGUGUGUGGGGGGGUGUUAUUACUGCAGAUUAAUUUAACCAUAAAAAUAAAAAAAACACUUGAUGCCUAAUUAAAAAAAACAGCAAAUCAAAGAGGUAAUAUUGUCAUGUUUGUAUUCAUAUUUUUUUGGAAUUGUAUUUCAUUUUAACCAUUUCUAGUGAAGAAUUGUAUUUUAAUAAUUUAUUAAAAGGGCAGUAAUGUGUGUGGGUUUUUAAGACUUAAAAAAAAUGCUAAAACUUGUUUACAGACAGAAUUAUUGGAUGAAGAAGGCAAGAAGAAUCUGCCUUUUUCUCAGAUCUUUGUUGCAGGUUGGUGACUCAUACCAUCUAUCCAUGCGUAUGUACUGUAGAUACAAUGAACAUAGGGAUUUAUGGGUAUGUGUUUCACAAAUGUUAGAUGAUAACAUACCACUAAUCAGAGCCGCUGAUCAGAUGAGUUUGGUGAUGCUGUUUUUUUUAUUAAUCGUAGGGUCAGCAUUGACAGUUUAGUGUGCUCCUGAUCAUAGAGUCACAAUCACAGAUUUUUUUUUCUUUUCAGCCCACUAAAUAACUGCAAAGAAAUUUGAAUAAAACUUUAAGCUUACAUGUUUUAAACUGGUCGUAGCCCACAGGUUUGAACCCCUCUUCUUGGAUAAAACCUGAUUGCCUCACCAAACUUUCCUGUCGGUGCUUCUGGUGUUUGGGCACCUGGACAAACGAUGGAAUAAAGAGAAUUUAAACA